AAGACUUUUCAAGAUCCAAAUGAAGAUUUACCAUUUUUCCGAGAAGAGUUAUCGAAUAGUAAUUUGGGGCUAAUGAUAAAUCUAGAUUGGUUCCAACCAUUCGAUAACUCUCAGUACAGUCCAUCAAACAUCUUAACAUUAGCAUUAAUACCAAAACCCAACGAACCCAAAUUACAUCAACUAAAUCAUUAUUUGGCUCCAUUAAUAGAUCAAUUAGUUGAUUUGUGGAAUGCUGCAAGAAAACUAUAUAGGCAUAUUUCAGCCAGAGUUUUUGUUGAAAGAAAUAUCGAAGAAGUUCGUCAAGAUGCCAUCGCGUGGAAAAGUUGUAAUACGGAAGAUGCAAGAUGA